UAAUCAAUUCCGCCAGUUGAUCGAGUAUUGGAAACACCCAACUGUUCAAGCUAUAUGCGAGAUGAAUUCUCAAAACAGGAAAAAACAAAAGUGGAGGCAUCGAAUGGGACCUAUUAAUUUUGCUAGAGUACGCGUGGCAUUGCGUGCAGCCAAAGACAACAACGAAGAACCAUCAAAGCCUGAAAUAUUUAUUGCAACUCGUACCAAGACGGGAAAGGAAAUCCAGGCUGAUACCCAAGUUGCAAUAGCUGAACUUCAAAAUCGCCAAAAUUCUGUGGAAACAGCUGAUGAUGCAUUUAGGGCAGUGUUUGGAAAGGAGCAGCCUGGUCGAGUUAGGUGCUAUGGUAGAUCAGUGACAACAAGUUCUUUGAAGAAAGAUGAGGAAAUUAACAAUCUAAAACAAAAGCAUGCCGAUGAAAUCACUUCUCUAAAGGAAGAAUUGAGAGAAGAAAUGCAACAUUUAUUCACUCAAUUGCUGCAAAACAACCCUGGAUUGAAUUUUCAAGAUAUACCAGAGUGUGUUGGAUCUAACCUUGCUUCACCUAUUGAUGCAAGUAGUGCACAAGCUGUAAGAGGCACAAAUCUUCCAUAUUCUUCGGGGUCAGCUCAAGAUUCGGUUCUUCAAAAGGAAAAUGCAGGUAAUUGAAUUUGAAUUUGGCCAGAAGUAAACUCGAUCCAUUGUGGCAAAAGAUGAAGAAAUUUUUGUAUUGUUGUCAUAUACGUUUGAAUGACACUUUUGGGUUUUUGGAACUUGUUGAUAUUAGAGAUCUUUAAGCAAUCACUUUCUAUGUUUUGGUUGUACAUGAAAUAUUUCUCGAAGUUUAUUUGAAAUAUUUAGCUUCAAUUUAAU